UGUGGCGCUGCUUCUCCCUCUCCUCAUGCUGCAAGAAGCGACUUGCUUCGCUCCUCCUUCCCUUCUUGCUCCCUCCUCUCCCAAGCUCACUGCCUCCUCUCCCAAGCUCACUGCCUCCCCUCGCUUCCCCCGCGCCACAUCGCAUCGGCUCUGCGAGAUGUCAGUCAGCGAGUACGAGACUCUGAAGGGGUUGAGAGUGAAGAACGUCAAGACAUGUGAAGGUGCCGACAUCGUCUCUCCGUCAGGCCGCCGCCUCCUCGUCUUCCUGACGCACUUCGGGGACCUCUCGUCUUGGGAGUACGCAAGACAGCUUCUGCACUACAUGCCUCUCCUCCACUCGCGAGGAGUCAAGGUGAUGGCGAUCGGCAUAGGCAGUCAAGAGGCUGGGAAGAAGUUCGCGGAUCAGCUCAAGUUUCCAGAGGAGCUCCUCUUCUUCGACCCCGACGCCUCCUGUGCGGCUGAGCUUGGUUUCAGCGCUGGGUUCGGAAGAAGCUCAGCACGAGACGCACAGUCGAACCCUCUAUCACCUUAUCUUCGUCUCCUCCCCAUGCUCCUUGGCAUCGGGUCUCCCGGAACCCUCGGGCAGGUGAUCUACGGCUACUUCGGCGACCGAGGCUACGAUCCUAAAUGGACAGUCUCACACCUAAGAGACUUUGCGACUGGAAGCUUCCCCUUCGUCGAGCCGGAGCUCUUUGAUAGGCUGGGCUCAGGUUAUCUCCGCCCCUUCGAGCUCGCCACAGUUCGUCUUCAGAACAUGAUCGGCAUCUUGGAGCAGUGGAACGAGCUGAUCCCUGAGAACCAGGAUCUCGUCGUACAGCAAGGAGGAACGAUCGUGAUGGAAGGCGACCAGACCAUAUACAGAUUUGACGACAGAGGCAUUCUCGUCUACGCGGGAGAGCGAGGGGUCGCCUCGGUCCCGCAGGUGAUCGAGAAGGCGCUAGGAGAGAAGCUGUGAUGCGGCUCGUGUCAGUGCGAGUUCAGCCGCAUCAGAGGGCAAGGACAGGCGUUAGUUUCUUGUGCUCCUGCUCAUUGAGAGUGAAGCUAAACAUGUUCUGCC